AUGCCGAUGGAUGCGCGCGAACUGUCGCAGCGCGUCAAGACGCUGACCUCCUCGCUCGGCAAGAAUGACCCUGCCGCCGACAUCAUCGCACAGCUGGAGUUGAUCAAGAAGGAGCCUGCGCCCACUGAGGAAAUCUUGCGCAGCACCAAGGCUGGUGUGGUGAUUGCGAAGCUCAACAAGAACCCGAACAAGGACAUUGCCAAGCUCGCCUCCGAUAUCGUGCUUAAGUGGCGCAAGAGCGUCGAGGCAGAGAAGAAAGCCCGCGCAAACAAGGGUCAGCCGUCACCAUCGCCCGCUCCCGCCACCAAGCCUGCAUCGCCAGCGUCCAAGUUGUCUGCUGGUGCAGGAAGGAAGUUUGAGGGCGAUCUCGAGAAGCGUGACUUCCGCAGAGAGGGUGUCGACAAGAAUCGAACUGGCAACGCAGAGCGCGACAACGUUAUUGGCCUCCUCUGGAAUGGUCUCGCCUACCGUUGCGACGAGUCGGCCGACUUUGUGCUUCAGCGCGCCCUCGAGGUCGAGAAUGCGCUCUACAAACUCUUCAACGGAACCCCUAUGGGAUACAAGGAGAAGUGUCGCUCUCUGUUUUCGAAUUUGAAGGGCAAGACCAAUGCCGAGCUCGGCCAAAGCGUCAUGUCGGGCAACAUCUCAGCUGAGCGAUUUGUCCGCAUGUCGAGUCAAGAGCUCAUGUCGGCCGAACAGCGCAAGAUCACCGCCGAGCUUGAAAAGGAGAACAUGAACAAGGCACAGGUUCCCAUGGCCGAGAAGAGCAUCAGCGAGGAGCUUACAUGCGGCAAUUGCAAGCAGAAGAAGGUCAGCUACUCGCAAGCACAAACACGAAGUGCUGAUGAACCGAUGACCACUUUCUGCGAAUGCAUGAACUGUGGAAAGCGUUGGAAGUUCUCGUAG